CGUUAGUAAAGAUGGCUGCGCCCUGUGACAGGUCGUGAGUUGUAAAGCGGCUAGUCAGGAGACAGUAAGUUGUGUCUGUCACAUAUUAACCCAUGAAAAACCAUUUAACAGCAUGUCGCCAUGAAAGGACUAAGUCGUAAGAUGGCGGUAAAAACUUGCACGCCAGUGUAGACGGUUGUGAAGAAAUGUUGGUAUAGUUGGAGCUAGAGGAAUUAAAAUGAUUGCACCUACAUGGACGCGACUGCCCUGUCUUGUCCGGUCCAUGCCAGUACAGAGGACGUUGAGCCUCUUCUCCAGCUCAGGGCCAUCAAACUGGAGUAAAGUGGUGUCUGACGCCGAGAAGAUUGUGGGUUAUCCGACGUCUUUCAUGAGUCUCCGCUGUCUGCUCAGCGAUGAACUCAGUAACGUAGCCAUGCAUGUCAGGAAGCUCGUCGGGACUCAGCACCCUCUACUCAACACAGCAAGAGGUUUUGUCUAUGACAGCAGGAACAACCUUCAGAUGAGAGGACUGGUCGUCCUGCUUCUUUCAAAAGCUGCCGGACCGAGCCACGCAGCUUCAGAUCUCUUAGCCCAGGACAUGGUCAGUGGCAUCUAUCCCAGCCAGCGAAAUUUGGCAGAAAUCACAGAGUUGAUCCACACAGCGUUCCUGGUGCAUCGUGGGAUUGUCAAUUUGAAGGAACUGACUGUUUGUGAUGGCCCAUUGAAGGACAUGGAGUUUGGGAAUAAGAUGGCUGUCCUGAGCGGCGACUUCCUACUUGCAAAUGCUUGUACUGGACUAGCUCAGUUGAACAACACUAAGGUUGUCGAACUGAUCUCCAGUGCCAUCGGUGAUUUAGUUCAAGGAAUCUACUCUGAGAAUUCCAACAACAAUGAGGAGAAUAAUCUCAGCGCAGGUGUGGACACAGCAACGUGGGAGGAGCAGACAUUCCUGUCUCAUGGGGCACUGUUGGCCAAGAGCUGCCAAGCUGCCAUGGAGCUGGCGCAACAUGACAAAAAGUCCCAAAGAUUGGCCUACAAGUAUGGCAAACACCUGUCUCUUGGUCACAAGCUCAACUCUGACCUGCAGCCAUUUGUGAAGAGCAACAUGGGAGAGCAGGUGGCCUUCAGCUUUAGCGCCGCCCCUGUAGUGUUUCACCGUCACAUUGUUGGCCAGGAGCGAUGGCAGCAGCAACUGCAUCAGGCAAAAACAAGAAACCAACUUGAUUAUUCAAAACUCGUGGCAACGGUGAAAUCGGAGAAAGGCGUGAGCUCGGCGGUCAACUUAUGCUGUUACCAUGGCAACAAGGCUCUGGAGGCCAUCCAGGCUUUCCCCUCCUCAGAGGCUCGAUCCGCCUUGGAAAACAUCGCCUCAGCCGUCACCAAAUUCUGACCUGAAUUCACUGAAAUGCACACAUGACUGGUGCUACUCCAGGGCAAGUACAUGAGCCACAGAGGACAUGACACGACUUAAAAAUAACAGAAUUAAAAAACAAAAUGUAAUUUUAAAAAGAAUUUAAUCAAGCCAGGUGCUCUCUGAUGGACUGGAUAAAUGUCAUGUGCUGCAAGAGCAUUUUUUUUAUUUAUUCCCAAAAUAAAAAAUAGCUUGUUUCAGCGUCAUGCUGUGAGUUACUGCCUGUUUUGGCCUGCAUUUUAAAUGUGUUUAUUAGGGUAGAACUUGGAAACGGGAAUACCCUAGAACAGUGGUUCUCAACUGGAGGGUCGGGACCCAAACUAAAAGGACAUCAAACUAUCUACAUGAAACUACAUCAAACUAAAAGGUCCAGGAGUUGCAAGAGUGCUUGUUGAAGAUAUCAGCAAACUGGAUGCAUAUUAAAGAUCAUAUUACUACAUACAUUACUACUACUAUAUUACUACUAUUACAAUAAGCAUAAUGGAGGAAACACCCUACAAGACAGACCAAUGCAAAGAGAAGGACUACAUUCCAUAGCAAUAACCUCGACAUAAUUCAUAAAACGAACUCUUGCCACACCAGUUGAGAACCACUGCCCUAGAACCUCCAAAGUUGAACACCUUUUUUUUUUAGCAAUCUUACAGGUUGUACAAUUGCACCGCCGCUCGCCCCAAAGUCAGCCAAGAUGGGCUCCACCUCAUCCAUGACCCUGAACAGUGUGAGCGUUGACUUUGACGCUGAAUAAAUUUGAAAGUUCCUGUGUAGUUUAUAAAAGAGAACUCAAAUUAUAUGAAAAGUCUUGCAAUUUAUUUAUUCUCAGGGCAUUGAAUCGAUCGCAAAUGGACUGUUCGGGUUGUCUUAGAAGACGUUUCACCUCAUCUGAGCAGGCUUCAUCAUGC